AGCAACUUUGAGAAGACAAGAAGUCAAGAAUGGAGUGCGGCAUUUGUAAAAGCGUUAGGGUUACGGUACAUAAUAAUUUUGACUAUUCGCUCAGCAAUGGAGUUGUAGUAUGCAACACUUGUAAUCGAGAAUUCAACAUGAUGAUGAGCUUGAUGAACAGAAACAUUUGGUCAGCAUUCACACACUAUCCAGCCAACUGGGGUACGGACCAUGCUACACGGUGGAAUAGGGAAGCGAAAGAGGAAGUGGAACGAGUGAAAUUGGAAGUAGAACGAGUGAUGAAAGUGGAAAUGAAAAAGAGAGAGGAAAAGUGGAUUGAUUAUCUAGGUGGAUUAGCUGCUGCAUUUACGGAGGAAAGUCAUUCGUAUAUUCAAGUCAAGCCUGGCAAUGGACCUUCUAUACCUGCGCAUAAAUUUUUGCUGGCAACUAGAUCUGCAGUUUUCAAACAUAUGUUAUCAUCAGAUACAUGCAAAGCUGCCCAAAUUGACUUUGUAUGUCUACCUGAGUUCAACCAUGAAGAACUUCAAGCCUUCCUGAAGCUACUUUACUGUGGAAAUUUGUGCAAAAAAAAGUUUGAGAUGCAUUAUUACCUUCUUGCACUUGCAUCUCAUAAGUAUGCAAUUCCACAUUUACAGAAAUUCUGCGAAGAAAAUAUAUUAAAAUUAUUAGAUUCGUCAAAUGCACUCAAAGUGUUGGAGAUCUCAGAAAUUUGUUCAAAUGAGACAUUAAGAGUUGCUUCCUUAAAGUCCAUAUUCAACCACAGAAAGGAGAUAAUCUGCUCACCUAGUUUUGAGGAAUUCGCAAUACAGAACCCACAUUUGAUGGUACAUAUUACAAGGUACUCUUGCAGUCAAUUCUACUAGCUUUGAGGAUAUCCUGACUCUUGCUUUAAGGUAAUAACUGCAGUAAGGUUUCUCCAUCAUCAAGUAAUGUCUCCGGAUCAUCUUGGUUUGUUUUCCAAUUAGCCUACUCUAGAAUAUUGUUAAAGGUUCUUCAAUUCAGACAAUUUUAUGAACAUUGACCCAUGUAUCAAUCUUGGUUUCUAGUUUACUGACUUUCAUUGAAA